GCUGUUUGCACGGCCGUCCUUCGAAAGCGCGUCGCUCCGAGAACGCCGCCGACUUGGGUAUCUGCUGUGACGGACACCCUGACAUCGAAAGCAGUGCAUCCAAGCGAUCGGACACUCGCGUGGACCGUCCGGUCUCUCUCCGACGACGUGGCGAUGGUCUCGAGCAGGCCGCGUAGCGUGCGUGUAUUCGGCGCAGUGCCAGACCCGGGAGUCCAUCUCCGCCAGCGUCUUGCCGAUUUCAUGUUACCUACCUCGAACAGCAACCUCCGCGAGCCCGAGGACUGCCGUCCGCCGCCCGCUCUUUCUUGGUGCUCCGGGUCUGCGCGUUCUCCCUCCACACGGGAGGUCGCUGCUGCGGUGUCCGAUCGGAGAAGAACCUGACGUGGACGACGAACGCCCUGCUCGGCGCAAACUCCCGGCGUGCAGAGCAUGCUGCCCGGCGUGUCCGCUCUGAUCCGUCUGAACAUGAUCGAGUCUCGG